GGAGCUGUUGGCGGGCAGAAAGGGGCUGGUUGUAUAUGUUAGCAACGCGUUUCAGGCUAUUGUGUGAUUGAGCGCCGCAGGCAGACGCAGACUGCUCCCAAACUACCGCCGAAGGAGUCUGAUAUCUCUCGGCUUUCCUUCCUUUUGCUCCCCGACCCUCCAUCGAUCCUCAGCCGACCGUUACAGCCGCUCUGUCCGCCUCGGCCUGCUGCUAGCCCGCCCAGCGCUCCGAAGGUUUCUGCGGGAAGGGACUCCUCCAUUAGACACCAACAUGGCGACCGUAGCUGCGAAGAAGAGCAAGAAAUCCGAGGAUGAGGAGCAGCCAGCUGCCCCGGUGGUAGCGACGGCGGCGGCAGCAGCAGCAACAGCAACAGCAGAGCCCACAGACGAAGCACCUCCUGCAGAAGCAGCACCAGCAGCACCUCCAGAGGAGGAGGAGGAAGAGGAGUAUGUGGUGGAGAAGGUUCUAGACCGCCGUGUGGUGAGGGGCAAAGUGGAGUUCCUGCUGAAGUGGAAGGGAUUCUCAGAUGAAGACAACACAUGGGAGCCGGAGGAGAACUUGGAUUGUCCGGACCUCAUAGCAGAGUACAUGCAGAAACACAAAGAGAGGGAGGAGAAGAAGAAGGAGAGCAAGAGGAAAGCUGCCAGCGAGGCCUCCGGAGACACAGAGGAACGGGCCAGCAAGAAGAAAAAGGAGGAGGGCGACAAGGCCAGAGGUUUUGGCCGAGGCCUGCAGCCUGAGAGGAUCAUUGGAGCCACCGACUCCAGCGGGGAGCUGAUGUUCCUGAUGAAGUGGAAGAACUCGGACGAGGCGGACCUGGUCCCGGCCAAAGAGGCCAACGUCAAAUGCCCCCAGGUGGUGAUCUCCUUCUACGAGGAGCGCCUGACAUGGCACUCCUACCCGACGGAAGAGGAGGAAAAGAAGGAGGAAGAAAAAAAAGACUAGGGGGGGCGAGAGGGGAAAGAAGCAAGGCAGGAAAACGGGCUUGACCCCCAGCUGACCCUUCAGUUUCAGAGUCCCUGGCCUCCCGUUCUCUGCACCUGCUGCCGUCAGCGAAGGUGGCGGAUCCGUUUUCCUGCCCUGUGAAGGAGGUCGUCCUGAAAAGAUGUUCCCACCCGUCACCCCCCACCCCCCACCUCCCUCCUUUCGCCAAGAAUGUGUUGAUUGGUGCCUUUUUAGUGUUUCCUGCAGACCACAGAGUAUCUGAAUGAAAUCCAAAAAAACGAUGAAUUUCUCAGCUUCAGUGUUUGGUAUCAGGCUCAGCUUUACUUCAUCCCUCGUUAGAAUAGUUUUUUUUUUAAUGUUCGGGUCAUGACGAUUAUGACAGAAACGUCCGAUAGACUUUGCGUUUCACGGGUGGGAACUUCUUUUUUAAGCUGUAGGAACGCGCCGAGCUUUCCGACGGAAAACGUUCGUUUUCUCAUCCAGAGAAGUCGUCGAUCUGAUCCCAACAAACAGGCGGUUAGAGAAGAUUUCGCUUUAAAGUGGGCGCUUCUGGUGAAUUCACUUUUUUUUUUUUUUCAAUCCUGUAACAAAGUGGAUUCAACCAGAAUUGGAGCCCGAUGGGGGGGAAAAAAUGCUUCUCUGGCCCCGUUUCUGUUCCCUAGGUUGUAAAAUUGUUCUCAUGCACUGCUGGGCAACACUCAAGACAUCUAGUAUUUCUUAGCUGGUCUCUGCUGCAGACAAACUGAUUUCUAGUUGGAACUGAUGUAGCGAGCGGCAUCAGUCUUAGUUUUUCCUUUGUGCUUCUGUCUAAUGGUUCCAGUGGUUGUGUUAAUUGUAGCCCAGCUGUGCAGCUCUGUGGAAACUGUAAUAGUGUUGUAGUUUUCUUUGUCGGCUGCGUUAGAUUUCCUCCCUCUAGGUUUUUUUUUUUUUGCUUUGGGAUUCAUGCCUUUUUAAAAACACGUCGAUAGUGACUGCAUGCGUUGCACCGUCAUCAUGACCUUUUUAACUCCUUCUAUCCGAGCUGGAUCAACUGACGGUUCUCUGCAGUAUUUCAGUAUUCCUCCUGUUGGAAUUUAGUUGAUGAAAUGCUUUUCUAUUCCUGCAGCUCAUCUUUCUGUAUAUUUUCCUGUUUUUAUCUGAACCGCCUCUCAUCUGAUGUAAUCACUCGAUUUGUCUGUGCUACUUUUUUUUUUUUAUAUAUAUAUAUAUCUUUUUGUUCCUAGUGGUUUAUCUCGAUCUGUUGCAUGUCUGUUGAUCUACUUUUAAACGCAGAUUUAAAACAAUAAAAAAUUGGGAUCCAU